AGACGAGCGGUGAGUGAAAGAGCCGUCACCGCUUUCAGGAGAGCUAGAGCUGCGAUUGCAAUAAUCCGUCCGGAACCGAAACUAUACUCUCUAGAAAUGAUAUUAACACGUUUCUACUUCCUAACGGAUGAGGCCUACAGCCAACAACCACACAACGCUCUGCCUGCCGCCAUGUGAUACAAUGAAUGUGUCCAGUAAUUCUAUGUGCGAUGCAAAGGUCGCUCCUCAACAUUUCCAUCUACAUCCAUCGAGAGAAACCUGUACUGUAACCUUAUACAAACCUAUGUGGUGACCUCAUCCAACCGAUUAAGGCCACCGUACCUUAACCCAGAGCCCAAAGGCAACGCCGCAUGAUGGAUCCAUCCACCAGCUUGGUUGGUCUGGACGCCCAGGGGAACAUGCUGUUCCGGGUCAUGAAGCCCGUCAUGGGCCUCUUCCAGGUGCCCUCGGAGCAGGCCAACAGCGGCGUGGACCUCCAGGGUCUGUCGGACACGUCCCUGGUGCUGACCCAGGCCCAGGGCCAGGCUCUGAUGGCCCACAGUGAGGGCAUGAUGGCCGCCCCACAGCAACAGAUCCUCCGGACCCAGAUGGAGACCCAGCUCCUCCAGGUGCAGGCCCCUGCUGCCCCCACACUGGACCAGACCCCCCAGACGGAAGAGCCUCCACAGAGCCAGUGCUCCAAUGGCAACGCCAGAGACCCCAGCGAGGUGACCCGCAUGCCCUUUGCGGAGGUGUCCUCCCUGCUGGACCCCAACAUGAAGGGCUCCAAAGCUCGAAAGUAUCUGAUCUCCUACGAGGAGAUAAAGCGCCGGCUGCAGAGCCCGGAGAAGAUGUCGCUGCGGUCGCUGGCGGCGUACACGCGUGUCAGCAGGGGUCCGGCCAGCAAGAAGACCCUGCUGGAGUCCCUCAACAUCCUGGGCCUCAAGCCCAGCACCACCACCUCCGUCUCCUCCUCCUUCUCCAAGCUCACCGAGGGAGACACGAACGCCCUGUGUGUCGACAUGAAGGACUUUGCCCAGGACUAUGUGGACUACAGCAACAUGGCCAGACAGCUUAUCCCUGAGACCAACACAGUCCAACACUGGUCAAAGAUCAUUGAGACAAAGAACCAUCUGGACGACAUGAGGAAGUGCUUCAGAGACCCGGUCAACAGUGAGGGCUUUGACAGCGUGACCCACGGCCUCGGCCUGGGAAUGUUGGACGUCGCCCUGGACAUGGUCACCAUGGCGAUCGACCAGCAGAUCCACAUCCUGUCGGGAGCCGCCGCGUCCGACCCGCCCGACUCGGGCCCGCCGACGCGACGCAUCCGCCGACGCAACCGCAAGCCGCACCCCGUCAACGGCGAGAAGCCCCCCCGGGCGCCGGGCGGGGUCAAGGGGGCGUCCAAGGUGAAGGGACGGGGGAGGGGCCGGAAGAAGGCCCGGUUGGCGGACCCCCCGGCGAUGCAGGCCGGGGAGGCGAGCACACAGCAGGACGCGCAGAACGGCGUCCUCACGCUGGUCUCCGUGGGUUACGAGACCAUCUCCGGGGGGCUCGACUCCACCGGAUCGAUUUGAUCCCCCACUGGACAGACGGAUGGCCUGCUGGUGAGGGGGUCUGAGGCUGCCGGAGCUGGGGGCUCAUCGGGUCGGUCACGGGACUGUUGACAAGGUGGCGGCGAUGUCCCGGGAGGAGCAGCCGUUCCAAACGGAACCUCAGGGAAUGGAACAUGGACGCUGGUUUUACAGGUGUGUGUGUGUGUGUGUGUGUGUGUGUGUGUGUGUGUGUGUGUGUGUGUGUGUGUGUGUGUGUGUGUGUGUGUGUGUGUGUGUGUGUGUGUGUGUGUGUGUGUGUGUGUGUGUGUGUGUGUGUGUGUGUGUGUGUGUGUGUGUGUGUGUGUGUGUGUGUGGCAGAUGAGCCAGUGUACAUGCUGCCACGUGGUAGGAGUCUUCUCUGGAGUAACUGGUUAAUACCGGUACAGUUCCUUUUUAUAGUUUUGAGGACCUUUGCCUACAGUGACUAGGUGAGAGGUGGCUUCCAGUGCUUUUAGAUAUGCAGUCACCUUACAAUUUGAACUUUAUUAUGGACAAUAACGACCAGAUACAGGAGUACAAUAUUGAAUUGCAAAAUUCUCCGACAUGAUAAAAAACAAGUGUGUAGUCUUAGUGUAUUCUACAUACAUUGUAUAUGAACUAAUAUCAUGCGAUGGGAAGAUGCAACGUUUUUUGUUUUUUUUACUGAAUCAAGGACCAAAGUGGAAAGAAUAUUGUUUAUAUUUGACAAGCAAUGUCCAAUCUGAAAAAAUGUGCAUAAUUAUUUUAUUUCCUCCCUUCUCUUUUUUUCUACUUGCACUAAAAUCCUGAAAGGGUUGUUAGUUCUGAAAUAGGUUGCUUUAGGGAUCCUAAAACAAAAUGUCCAUCAUUAACCAAAAUAAAACAAGAUUGCUCUGGCAACCACUGUCAGAUAGACUCCA